AUGAGGAUGACAAUGGAAGAGAUGAAGAAUGAAGCAGAGACCACUUCUAUGGUUUCCAUGCCACUCUAUGCUGUUAUGUAUCCUGUCUUUAAUGAGGUAACAUGCCUUCUAGUUGAUUUUCUAUGUAUUACAGUGUUUGGGAAGCAGGAGGUUAGAGGAUACCCUAACAUACUGUUUAUACUUGGUAAGCUAACAUUUUCUACCAAGUCUUUACAAACUGCUCUAAUGAGUCCUGCUUUCUAUCUUUCUUUGGCUUGGCUUAUUUCCAUGAAAUCAAUAUCUAUAACCUUAAAUUUUUUGGCCCCAGUUUGUUUCUUAGUUCUGGCAUUCUUUUCAGGACUUAUAUGCUCUCAAGAUACUUCCCAGCAUAUGCAAGUUUCUGAAAUGUAAACUCAGUUGGUUUUAAUUAGUAUCCAGGUUUUAGGCAGCCACAGAGAUGGCAGAAAGUCUUGUACUGUGUUUCUGCAGUUUCACAGAAUUGACCUGUUUUAAAAUGGUAAAAUCCAGAAAUAUUUGCUGAUCCAGGAAGCUGGAACUUUUGUUUUUGUUUAAGUAUGCAAGGGAACAGCCCUUCUCUGGUGUGCAUUUAAGAAAAUCAUAUAUAAAUAUUAAAUUAUCUUUGCAAUUAUUACACACUCCUUGGAAGUAUAAGCAUCUCAUUCUGUCUGUCUAUAAUAAGCUAUGUUCCAGUUGUCACCCUUCAGUCUGUUAAACACAACUGUAAAUCUUUAGGAGUCCUUUUUUGUCUGUCCUAUGAAUGGAUUGUUGAAACGCAUCACUGCAACACCCCUGGCUGUAUGUUAGUCAAAACCUUGGCCUUUAUAGAAAUGGUUCUCCACCAGCUGUCAAAUUCUACCAGAUAACCAGUAAUUUUCAGGUCUUUGCUCCAUUCACAGAACCAUUUUGCCAUGUGAAUAUAGAGAGCAAAAAAUCACCAUGCUAUCUAAUUUUAUGCUUGUAAGUGGCUGUGUGAACCCUUAAUUUUGAGCUGAGAGGCGGUGCCUGCUACUCUUAAACAUAGAAUCAGCUUAAGUGACAGAAAAUUUGGAAGUGGAGUUUCAUAAGGCAAAGUGUUUUUUGUUUUGCAUGUUUUAUAUUAGUAUAACAAUUUACUUUUAACUCCACCUUGCAGCUAGAACGAGUAAAUCUAUCUGCAGCUCAGACACUGAGAGCAGCUUUUAUUAAGGUAAGAAUAAUUAACAUUGUGUGUAUUUGUACAUGAGCUUCCUACAGCAAUGUAAAAAUUGGAUUAACUGCAUACCGGAUUUAGCUACUGGUCUUGUUCUGUCCUGAUCCAUUACUUUUCUUCUCCCUAGGGACCCCAAACAAAUUCCCAUUUCCUGCACUAAUUAGCAUGCAUCUGGUUGAGACAGGCAGAAAGCUAUCUGCUGUUUGGCUAUAGCUCGGAUGUGAAGGAUCUGCUUUGCAUGCUAAAGGUCCUAGUUAAAUUCUGGUAUCUUUGAUAGGAAUUGUGAAUGACCUUUGCAGAGACAUUGAAGAACUUGUAGAGUAGAAGUAUUGGGCUAGAUACCCUGACUUGGUCUAACUUCAUAAGUUAAAUGCCUAUGCCCUAUGGCAUUGGUGAUGUAUUCCAGAUUUGCAGACAGUUAAGGAGAUUCUGCUCCUUUUCUUUGAGUUUGUAAUGCCAGUCUCCCAUUUCAGACCUGGUCCCAUUCAUGCUCUCUCCUCUUCCUGUCAUUUACUGUAUUGUUUCCCUGGUCGCAAAAGGCUUAAAAGGGUUCCCUCACACACUACUUUAAAGGAGAUACAGCAGAGAUAGCCGUGCAGUGCUAACCCUGUUGUUGGCUUUGGUUUUGAGGUCUGAGAAGUGAGUUGGAAUUAGCCCAGCUUUGCUUCCCACCCUUUGGAAAGACUGCUGUGGCAUUCAUUGGGCUGUGUUUCUUAAAGAGCCUAGAAAUGCAGCUGUGAUUAUCCCUUGGUAUCUGUUUUCUUCUUUGGGCUAGAGCACAAAGAAUAUGGUGGGAAGUCCAAUGAGUCUUUCCACUCAUGCUAGUUCCUGGGACAGUUGCUGCUUGAACAAAAGAAAUUAGAAAGCAUGGCUUUAUAUUCUGUGGGGCUGCGACCUUGGCCACUACAGUGGUACCUCGGGUUACAUAUGCUUCAGGUUACAGACUCUGCUAACCCAGACAAUAGUGCUUCAGGUUAAGAACUUUGCUUCAGGAUGAGAACAGAAAUUGUGCUCUGGUGGCGUGGCGGGAGCAGGAGGCCCCAUUAGCUAAAGUGGUGCUUCAGGUUAAGAACAGUUUCAGGUUAAGAACAGACCUCUGGAACAAAUUAAGUACUUAACCCAAGGUACCACUGUAUUUAAAAGAACUGCAAGUGUCUCAAAUAAAAUUAUUUAUAUUUUGUUAUGUGAAAACCAAUCAUGCUUCUAACAUAUGCGUAAAAUGGAAUAUAGUCAUAGUUAAACACUUCAUAUCAAAAUUAUUUGUUACUCAGUAUUGUAAACUUUAAUAAUCAGCAGUGCUCUUUUGCCACAAGCUUUUGGCUUGUUACUUACAGCCUUGUAUUUUGAAUGAGCACAAUUACACUCUUUGUAAAUAAGUUGCACAUUUUUUCUUCUAGUAGAAGUGGGCUUUAUUUAUGGAUAAGAAGUUAUGGUUAAAUUUCUGGCCCUAUAAAAAAAAUACUGCCAAAUUGUAUGGUUUAUGUUCAGAUUGUCCCAUUUCUUGUCUAGGAGUACAGCUUAACUUUGACAGCAUGUAAGCUCAGUGCUUUUUCUUCUACCUUCUGUCACUAAGCGGGCAUGAAUUACUGAAGCAUAACUGCACCAGCUUAAGCAACUUCACUCCCAACAUUUUUUUUGUUUUUGGUAGAGAUAUUACAGCUUCUGAAACGCUUGGUUUCCAGAGACAAGGAACUAAAAUACUUCUUGAUAUGGCAUUAGUAGAAUUUGCUUUGAAAGUACUAUACUCCUUUUUGUGUGCCAUGGUUCAAGAAUAAAUUUUGGCAACUUAGAAGACUCAAGUGUGUAGCUAGGAAAAUUGUAUCUUUAAGCGAAAGAUGUAAAGCACUCUUGUUAACUAGCUAACUUUAGUUUAGGAAGCAGCUGGUUAUGGGGCUUUGUUGACACUCUGAAAUGCUUUAAGAAAAUUCAUCCAGUAGGAAAAGAAGCCGUAUUCUUAUGCUUCAAGGAGGAAGGUUUUAUGUUCGACAUCAGGAACAUGAAUCUAGAAGCUUCAGCAUUUGCACUAUGAAGAUUUCACAAACCCAGUUGGCACUUAGAAAUUUCCCCCUUCAAACACGUACCCUUUUCUCCCAUGCUGCAUUGCAAAUUUCUUUUGAAAGUCCCCUUAAUUUCUUGAAAGGCUUGCCAUGCAACAUGGGAGGCCGCUGUUUAAAGGCAAACAAUAUCAAAAGACACACUGAGCAGACAGAAUUAUCAAUCUGGUUCUUUGGAUUGUGGCCCAUAAGAGUAGAUGAGCAAUGAAUAAGCUAUCUGGGGAGUUUUGGAAUCUUCCUUUAUGGUUGGGCAGGCAUCUUUCUGUUAAGCUGAUGCUACAGAGGUCCUUUGGGCAUCUGCAUCUAGCACCGGGGUGGGGGGCUGCUGGUUCAGGAAGCAAUGACUUGCAUGCUGCAGUUUGGCUUGUAUGAGAGCUACUUCACAAGCACAUUUUAAUAAUGAUAAUAAUGCCUUUAUUGUCAAUGUACAACCUGUGUACAAUGAAAUUAACCAAGACUCCCUCUCCCCCCCCCCCAACACUCAAUCUCAUUGCACUCUGUGUGCUUGUUGCACAACACACCAACCCUGAAAGUCAGUUGCACUAUAUUAUUUUCCGUUCAGCAGCCUAACAGCCCACGGAUAGAAACUGUUUUUUAGCCUGUUGGUACGACUGAUUAAACUUCUAUAUCUCCUGCCCGAAGGUAGAAGAUUAAAGAGGUGCUGGCCGGAGUGUGAAUCGUCCCUGAUUUUGCACACCACUAAAGCCAACAAAUUCUUUUUGAACUGGUGGGGCCUCCCCAGUGUAAAAGGGAAAACGGCACUUGGUGAUGUCUCCUUAGCGGUCCUCUUUUGGUGAUGCAGGAGAUGGUGUCCCAUUCCUUUAGCCUGAUGGACUGGGUUAGGGAGGGACUGAAGAUCAAUACAGUAUUUGUGGCCUAGGAUAGCCUGUCUCUGGCCUGGGAUUUGGAGUUUACCUUUAGAUUCUGUUCUGAGAAACAAGCAUGUGAAGUGGGAGUGCAGAUUUCCUUGUUUAUAAUUGAGAGGAAUUUGGGCACAGGUGUGUGGAGCAGAAAGUAUCAAUCUUACUUCAUAGUUUGUAUAGUCAUUACUGUGGUGGUUGACUGUUACUACUUCAUGUUAUAUCCUCUGUAAAAAGCUAAAAAAUAAAUAGUGUAAAAGCACUCUGAGGAAAGUGUAAGACAUGGGAUGUAGGAAAUGUGAGGUUUUGCAGUUCCUUUUUACCCUCUGCGGAGUUCAUUAUCUCCUGUUACUGUUACAAGAUAUGCACAUUGCUAGCUGUUGAAAAAGUUAUUCUGGUGUAUCUAAAGAUAAGAGCUAUGAAGAUAAGUUGAACGAACCUAAUUCUGUGCAGCCUAUAAUGUUGUAGGGACUUAAAUGUAAUCAUGUAAAUAAGUCUGUCCCUUAAUUUUAGUUGGGUUAAAAAGAAGAAGAAAGGUUGUUAUAGUGCAUAGAAAUAAAUGUUGCACAGAAAUAAAUGAAAUGGCUUACUGGGCAAAGUUACAAAUGAAAAAUGUUGAUGCAGUCCAAGAAAUAUAGGUCUUGCUUUCAGGGAGAAAAUGGUGGUGCAGAACUGGAUGUUUAUUAUGAUGCAGUGCUGCUUGGUUAGCUUUUAAAAACAUAAUUUUGAAUUUAGAACCCGUAGUGAUUCUUGGUUAUCUUUUACUGCGUGCAAAUUGACUGUUGGUGUACUAAAUAAAUAAAACUUAUUUGAAAUGCAGGCUGAGAAGGAAAAUCCAGGUCUCACACAAGAUAUCAUCAUAAAAAUUUUGGAGAAAAAAAGUGUUGAAGUUAACUUUACCGAGUCUCUCCUGCGCAUGGCAGCUGACGAUGUAGAAGGUAUUUCUGCUAAACUGUGAUUGUGCUGAUUGAAACUACUCUAUCAUGAAAUGUGUUUUUUAUUUUUUAAAAAAGAGAUGAAAAAUAAUUGUGAGUUCAACAGAAGUGCAGUUUGAAUGCAAAUCCAGGACUUUGUUCUGUUUACUGGCUCUGAAAUACCCCUCAUACACCUAGAGCACCAUUUGCUUAUCCUGCUUUCGCAUGUCCCUCAAGCAUCCUUCAGGCAGUCAGGCGCAUGUCUUAGGACUUCAGUUCAUUGUCUUACACUGAAGAUGGAAAACCGGGUGGGUUCAUAGUUUAUUUCUUGCCCACCAUGUGCAUUGUGCAUUUGGUACUGGUGUGGUUUUUGGGGAGACCCAGGCUCAAAUCCCCACUGAAAAAGAAAACUAAUCUUAUUGCAGUAAGUAACCAAUUUCUUUCUCUCUCUCACCCCCUCCAGAGUAUAUGAUUGAAAGGCCAGAGCCAGAAUUCCAAGACUUAAAUGAAAAGGCACGAGCACUUAAACAGAUUCUCAGUAAGAUUCCAGAUGAAAUCAAUGACAGAGUGAGGUUUCUUCAGACAAUCAAGUAAGUGCUCCUGUCUAAACUAGUUUGCUGAUCCAAGCAGAAGACUUUCCUUAAACCUAUCUUUUAUGCUGGUCUCUCCCCCCCCCCCCUUUGUAUCUUUUGCUUACAGUUUAUAUGUAGUGUAGCAUGUAGUGUUUUUAAAUUAUGGUUUUUAUCAUUUUAGCGUACGGUGCUUGUGAAUUCUUGCUUCAAAAUUAAAUUUUCUUUCUGUCUGCUGUUCAAGCUGUGGAUAGACUUUAGCCGCUGCAAUGCUAAUAGUGGCUACAGCAGCUUAACCAGCAUCUGUUACUUGGCAAUGUACAGCAAUGCCAAUUUUGCCCAGUUUGCCGUAAUAAACUCUUACUUAUAAUAGUACUUUAAGCAUUCCAUCAGAUUCCUCUAACCUUAAGGGAACCAUGUGCCAGUUUGCAUUAUAGCUUUACCAAGUUUUUAAAAAUUUGUUAAAGUCUUUAGGGUAAAGAGGCUGUCACAGUGUCUACCUAAAGAGUAGCUAUGAUGGGCACUAGAAGCAACUGACUUCCAAUGGUGCCAAGACCCAUAUGUGCAGCUGUUUUUAUUUAUUUAAUCAGUUUAUAUUCUGCCCUUCCUCCCAAAAGAGCCCACAGUGGCAAACAACAAGUGAUAAUAAAACAUCUCAGAAACAGUUCCAAUGCAGAUGAAAAACUGGGAAAGAUCUCUACUUAAAAGGCUGCUGGGAAGAGGAAGGUCUUCAGUAGGCACUGAAAACACAACAUAAUAUUUAAAGGGAGGGGAUUCCAAAGGGUAGGUGUCAGAACUCUGAAUAAGAUGGUUUCUGCAGAGCAUAGUGAUUGAUGAAAUGAUAUUUCAGGUAUCCUGGUCCAAGCUGUAUGGGGUUUGAUAUGUUAAAACCAGUGCCUUGAAGUUAGCCUGGUAGCCAAGUGACAGCCAAUGCAGCUAUUUACUGCAGGAUAAUGUGUUGGCAAUCUCCUGCCCCAGAGAGCCGUAGACCUGCCACAUUUUGUACCACCUGCGGCUUUUGGACCAACUUUAAGGGCAGCCCCACAUAGAGCAUGUUGUAGACAUCCAGCCUGGAGGUUACCAGCACAUGGGUGACAGUGGUCAAGCUAUUGUGGUCCAGAAUGAUCAUAACUGUAUUUAUCAGCCGGUAAAAGGCAGUCCUGGGAUGCAGGUGGCGCUGUAGGUUAAACCACAGAGCCUAGGACUUGCUGAUCAGAAGGUUGGUGGUUCGAAUCCCCGUGAUGGGGUGAGCUCCCGUUGCUUGCCCAGCUCCUGCCAACCUAGCAGUUCGAAAACACAUCAAAGUGCAAGUAGAUAAAUAGGUACCACUCUGGCGGGAAGGUAAACGGCAUUUCCGUGCACUGCCCUGGUUUGCCAGAAGUGGCUUAGUCAUGCUGGCCACAUGACCCAGAAGCUGUACGCCGGCUCCAUUGGCCGGUAAAGCGAGAUGAGCACCGCAACCCCAGAGUCGGUCACGACUGGACCUAAUGGUCAGGGGUCCCUUUACCUUUACCUUUAAAAGGCAGUCCUAGUCAGUGAGGUCACCUGGGCCUGUAGAAUAAAGGUGGAUCCAGGAGCAUCCCCAGACUACAGACCUGGUUUUUCAAGGGGAGUAAAACCCCAUCGAAUACAGGUCACUGACCCAAAUGUCUGUCUUGCCAGAAUUUAGAGAAAAUUUGGACCUCUCAUCUAGGCAUUGGUCCAGAGCUUGCAUGGCCUCUCAAUUUAUAUGUGCCCUGUGACAUGGCAUAUUUAAAAAUGCUCCCGUGUUUAUAACUUUAAAACCCUAUAGACUAUAACUUUAAAACCCUUUCUGCAUUGCAGUGAUGAGAACGUAAAAGACCACAAUCCAUGAGAGAGUUAAGCUUGCACGUUCAUUUGAAUCAUUUGAUUGGAGCCAUUUUUUUAAAAAAAACUUGAAAUUAGUUUUGAGACUCAUUUGGUGUAAUUAACUUCUGUAUAAGGUGAUACAUGAUUCCUUUGAAUAGUUACGCUAAAGGCACUUUGCCUAUCCACAGGGCAGCAAAAUUGAGCUCUCCACAGAUUGAGUAGGAGGGGGUUCUGCAUACCUAGGGAGAGCUCCCAGAUAGGCAGAAAAAAUGUACAAAAAACCAUGUGCAUGGUGCUGUAGCAGGUGGACUGAGAGCACAUAUUUUCUUAUCCCAGUAGCACUCCUUUACUUAUUCAAGAAUAUUUGAAGUAGUUAAGCCCCCCUCUCCCCAUACAUUUAAAAUACUUCUCCCCUUGAGAAGCAUUUGUUAGGAUCAGAGAGAAAGCACUUCCACAAAUCUUAAUUAAUCCCUCCAGCUCCCAUUAAGGUUCAUCCUCUUAACCCAACUUUCCCACAAUCUCUUCCUUAUGCUGAAGUCACCAGCUGCAAGCAUGACUGGUGUGACAUAACUAAUUUUUUUUUUUGGUGGGGGGUUAUUGAACAGCUUGCUGCCCACAGAAUCCCAAACCUAAAAAAUGGGAAAGUGUAUCCCAGUUGUGCAGUAAUACACAUAGAAGACCUGCUACCCGACUUCAGUUGCCAAAUUAUAAUCCCAACUCUUUUGUGCCUUUGGGUUUAACGUGGCAGUUUGAUAGGCAUUUUUGAAGAUGAACUGCAAGGAAGCUGAAGUAGACCUGAAUAUGCUCAGUUACUCCAAACAUCUUAAUGUCACAUUUGCUGCCUUGGGUGUAGAUGCUUGUCUGAACCCUUCUCAGGCUAUGAUUUUAAUUUCACAUGUGACUUUGGGGAGGAUUCUGUGGCUUUGGUUGUAAUUGUGAAAACCUGAGAGUUGUCCACAGAUCAUAGUGUUAACUGUCUUUUCUCUCUCCUGACCUCUAUUAGCCCCAGCGCAAGGCUGUUUAGUCUUGUUGUAGAGUGACCUUAAAUUCUGCCAAGUUAGAACAAGAUGAAAUUGUAUCCAUUAAUUCUGAGAGGGGCUACUGCCAUCAAAUUGCUUUCAAUGAUACUUGCUGUGACAGUUUUCUUCCAGGUGGUUUAACUUUAUUUAAAUGCCUAGAGACUUAGGUAGGACAAGAUAACAGCCUCAAUUCAUGAGAUCAGUGCUCACAAAAUAUUUUAAGGUGAAUCAUGUGUCACUUUUUCAUAUCUGUUCAUUUUAUUCAUAGUAUAUAUUCAGAGUUCCUCUGAAGGGAGGGUAUCAUUCUGAAGAUAGUCCAGAGCUCCUGCUGUGUAACUCUGUUGUGUCGAGUUCUAAAUCCAGCAGAUGCUACCUUUCCACAUAGGAAGGCUUGCAUUAAACCUAAUUUGGACUUUGAAAUGCUAUAUAAUCUAAUUAGUUCUUGGUGUUCACUCUUGCUGUGCCAUAUCUAAAACUCAUUCUGUAAGACAGCAAAUCCUUUAGAAAUACAUGUCAGACAUAAUUUUGGAAGUGCUUAAAAUUCUGCAUUGAGUUAGUCUAAUUUUAAAAGAUGUUGCAAUUAUCUUUUCAUUGCCAAAUAGGGACAUCGCCAGUGCAAUAAAGGAACUUCUUGACACAGUAAAUAAUGUCUUCAAGAAAUAUCAAUACCAGAACCGGAGGGUAUGUGAAUUAAAUUCUGCUAUGUUGGUUUGUCAGAAAUAUAAACAUAUUAACUAUAAAUAUUAAAGGAUCCGCAGUUUAUAAUACUUGGAUGGUGGGAAUUGUAAAUCAUUUCAACAACCACUGGCAGUUAAGACAAAUAAACUUGCAGAGGAAGAAGCAAACAGAAUGAAAACCAAUCUUCUGUCACUAAGUUACUAGUUUUUCCUACUGCCUGGUUUUUAGUAUUUGUGGAUUUUUUGUCUGCAGUGGCUACAUUUAAGGCUUAGUAUAAUUUUCUAAUAUGCUCUGUAUGAAUUUUAUUGCUGUAAACAAACAUUCCCAGAAGCAUUUAAAGAAGUGCUGUUAGUCGUUUCAUUUCUUAAACAGAAUUUUGCUAUCACAGCACUUAUGCUUAUUUUCUUCUGCUUAUCUUUUUAAUCAGUGUCCAGUGGCUAAUAAAAAUGGUUUAUGAAGGUUGAGGCUUUGAUUGAAUGACUCUUUGCAUAUGUAUAUUUCAGGCACUUGAGCACCAAAAGAAAGAGUUUGUAAAAUACUCUAAAAGUUUCAGCGACACUUUGAAAACCUAUUUUAAAGAUGGAAAGUAAGUAUGCUUGGGGGUUUUUUUCUUUUCGUUUUUCGAAUUGGUGAAUUUGUUAUGUCUUGCCUGUCAUUUUCUUUCUAAAUAUUUAUUUAAAAUAUUUUGUAACAGCAAUGAGUAUUGUUUGCACUGAUUAGUGUCUUAAGCACUUCUUCACUUUCUGCUAACAGACUUCAACAAAUGUUCAAAAAUAGAUUGGCCUGUUGCUAUAGAGAUUGCCAUGUUUUCAGUCUUAACAUUAACUUUUCUUGGGAAUCAGGGAUUUUUUAAAAAUACUGAAACCUUUCAUGGCUUAUAUUGAGAUGGCCGCAAACCUGAUGGGUUCAAAACAGGAAAAAUAAUCCAAGCAUGUUUUCUUCUGCCCUUCCAACACUGUCCAGCAUUCCCCAACUAAAAUUAACACAUUUAAUGCUGCUGUGACAGAUUGUUUGGGGAGGGGGAAUAAGGAAUGGAAAGUCUCCUAAAAGUAGUUAUCAUAUAUGGUCAAGUUAAUGGCCAUUUUAGGGAUGAGGAAACUGGUCCUCCAGAGGUUGUUGGACUCCAACUCCCAUCAGACUCAGCCAGCAUGGCUGAUGUUCAGAGAUUAUGGAAGUUGUGACCUUCUAGAUAUCUUUCCUUAUAAGCCAGGAUAGCUGAAAUGGAGUAUCCAACUAUGGAAGUGAUAUAUCCCAAAGGAACACAUACUGGGAGCAAAUGGUGGAAGGACGUCCCUGGUCAGUAAUCAAGAGGCCUUUAUGCUUUGUCCAGGACAUUAUGUAUCUUGAGUACCAGUGGCUAAGGAACAACUUUGAGAGGGGACAAGAGGACUCUGAGAGUUGGCCACUGUGGGAAACAGCAUGCUGAACUACAUAAGCACUUGGUCUGGUCUUUGUGCCACAGUUUCCCAACUGAUCAGUUCCUUCUUGCAGUUGGCACUUAACAUAUGCCAUUGCAGGAGUGCAUGCAUUUUCACUGCUCCUUAGUGGUGUACUGCACAUGAGGGAAAGCAUGUGCAACAUGACUAGCUACAGCAGCCAGUGAUGGAAGUUAUCAAACAGCGAUUUUAGCUCUGGGUAGUGAGGAGGAAAAGAACCCAUCUGUUCCUUGACCUGGUUCAUAGUAGUUGGAGUUAAAUGGACAAUUCUGAUAUACACAAACUCCUCCAGUCUUUGGCAUUGUACAGUGCUCAGUUUAUUUAAAGUUUAUACUACUGUAUGGUAUUAUUCUGGUUUGUUAAACACUGGGCAGCCCAGGAAUUCAUUAGUUAGUAAGAGUGAAACUAACACAUGCUGUGACUGGGUAUAAUUUGCAAACAAGAAGUGAAAUUGAUUUAGCUGAGGAUGAAGAAGAAGAAGAGGGAAAAAAGGUCACUUUUACUAACCAAACAACACUCACAUUUGAGUUUUAUGGCCUUCACUAACUUAAUUCAUUCUAGCGUUAUAGCAUAAAAGCUGAGUUGUCUGGGGUUGCGAGUGUAUGUAGGUCAUUGGAUUUUACUGCUAUGGUCUUAUCAAAUUUUUAUUUUUCACGUUUGCUGCUUGUGGGGUACUCUGCUUUUGAAAAGAAGUUAACAACAUCCCUGACAAUGUGCCAGCAUUUGGGUGCUGCCAAAAGUAAUUAUUUGAAUCCUGGCCAAUGUGUGUAACACUGGUUGGUGGGGGGAAUAUAAUUGUGUACAGUGCUCCCAUGGCUCUUACAUGGGGCUUCCCUUGAAGAUGGCGUGGAAGUGUCAAUGUAGAAUUGUUCUGCUCACCUUCUAACACCAUAGGAUUAGCACACUGAGCCAAUUUUGUGCUAUUUACUGUUUCCAGGCCCAAUUCACUGGGCAGUGUUCGACCUAUAAGGCCCUUUGUUGCCUACAGACCACCUACUCAAGGGACUGCCGCCUCUUAUAUUGCCCCAUAUAAUAGUUGGGGUUGGCUAAUCAAGCAGUUUUUGCAAGAGUGGCGAUAGUAAAAUAAUAAGGCUUUUACUGCCUUGGCCGCACGACCUUUGAAUGACUUGCCUCUAGAGAUGAAGAGCAGUCCCUUUUUGUGAUUUUCCACAAGAGCUGUAAGACCUUUUUGGCAGGCAUUUGGUUGAUUUGGGCUGCAAUCUUAUAUCUACUUACCUAGGAAUAAGGCCCAUGUAUUAUCAUAUACGCUACUGGGCCAGGUUCAAUGCUCUUACGUUAAUUUACAAGGCCUUUAACAAGUUGGAUCCAGGAUGUCUCAAGGGCCACCUGAUUUGUUAUUUCCCUAGCCAAUAACUGAAGUUUGGGGUAGGAGAGUCACUGUUAGUGGUCUGCCGUGGCUCAGAUGCAUGACUUGUAUCCAGCAGGAACUGUGUGUUCAGUAUUGUGUGCACAAUUUUAUGGAGCACUCUUCCAUUUGCGCUCAGAUGGUUCCCUUCUCUGUUGAACUUCCAAUACUUUUUGGAGUCUCCCCCCCCCCCCACAGGCAUUUUAACAGAAUUCCAGAAUUCUGAUUUAAACUUUCAACUUGUCUCAACUUCAAAAAAAAAAGAAAAAAAAAGGAUUCAGCUACUUUUACAUUGCUUAGAGAAAAUUGAAAUUGAGCAGUGUAUAGAUUAAUGAAAUAAAUAAAGACAUUCACCGCAAAGGGACUUACUCGUCAGUACAGAGUUGAGGGGUUAGUUGCUCAGUGUAUUUUGAACUGUUCCUAUAAUUCUCUUCUUUAUUUUAUCAUGGGUUUUUUAAAUGAGGUACAUCACUUUAAACAUCUGGAAAAGUAGCUUAAUAAUGCUUUAGAAGUUACACUUUUAAGAAACAAAAAUGAAGCAUAAAUGUGUCAACUUUGCAACAGGAUUUAAGAUGGGUAAGACCACCUUACUUUCUUUGCUCACACUGGUAACAAGAAAGAUGUGUUCCUCAUUGUGUCCUUUAUUGAAGAAAUCUUAUGCAAGAAUAUGUGAACGAGUUCCUUAUUUCAGAAUUUGAGGUGAGAGAUGUGCUAAUAUGUGGAAUGUUUUGUGCAAAUUAAGUAUUUUUGUAUGUCAUUCAUUCAGUUGGUUGGAGAGAAAUCUGUAGGGAGAGAAACUAAUUAUUGGGCACUUCAAACAAACAAACAACCUAAUUAGUUCAAGUUAUCAGUCCAAGUGCUGCUCCUCUCUAGCACUGAAUGAUCAAUUGAUCAGCAUUCUUGCUUGGAGUUGUAAGUGCUGAAAAAUAAGCAGCGUUGAAAUCGACACUAGUGCCAUUCCACUUGAAUAACUUUUGAAAUGUAUUCUACCUGAUGGCUUCAGGUCUCCAUUCUGCUGCUGAAAUGUGUUUUGUUUCUUACAACAGGGCAAUAAAUGUGUUCAUAAGUGCCAACCGACUAAUUCAUCAAACCAACUUGAUACUCCAGACCUUCAAAACUGUGGCCUGA